GUAAGGGUGGGCAUUAAUAUGUCGGUACCCUUAUGGCUGGGUACAGCGCGGGGGCACUCACACACACACGUACACCAAGGGUCAUCGUAGCUGCUGGCUCGUAUCCUCGGUCCUGAGUCCCUCGUGGUUCAGGGUCAGGGGACUGGCUGUACCCACCUCCCACCCCAGCCCCCCGCAAGGGGAAGAGGGAGGGGAGAGGGCAGAGGCGUCUGGCAGACUGUGUGACUCACUGCCGGGGGAGUCGGAGAAGGAGGCGCCGCCCCUCGGCUCUGUGCCCCCCUCUCUCUCCUCCCUCCUUUCCUCCCUUUUCCCUCGAUCCCUCCUCCCCCUCCCCGAUCCGCCUGCUCUGGCAAGUUUCUUCAGCCUCCCUCAACAAAACGAUCCAGGCCUAGCCCUUAGCCCAGCUCUCGCUUGUCUGUAGCUCCAAGGACGGAGGAUGAACAUCCUGGCUCCAGUGCGGAGGGACCGUGUCCUGGCCGAGCUGCCCCAGUGCAUGAGGAAGGAGGCUGCUCUCCACUCCAAUAAAGCCUUCCACCCUCGGGUCAGCAGUGCGUGUCAGGAGCAGAGGACAGGCACCGUGGGUAGGUUUAAGAUCUCCAAAGUCAUCGUUGUGGGGGACUUGUCUGUGGGGAAGACCUGCCUCAUUAACAGGUUUUGCAAAGACACUUUUGACAAGAAUUACAAGGCUACCAUUGGGGUGGACUUUGAGAUGGAGAGGUUCGAGGUGCUGGGAGUCCCCUUCAGUCUGCAACUCUGGGACACUGCCGGGCAGGAGAGGUUCAAAUGCAUCGCAUCUACUUACUACCGAGGAGCCCAAGCCAUCAUCAUUGUGUUCAACCUGAAUGACGUGGCCUCCUUGGAACAUACCAAACAGUGGCUGGCCGACGCGCUGAAAGAGAACGACCCCUCCAAUGUGCUUCUGUUCCUCGUGGGCUCCAAGAAGGACUUGAGCACUCCAGCUCAGUAUGUGUUGAUGGAGAAGGAUGCUAUCAAGAUAGCCCAGGAAAUGAAGGCCGAGUACUGGGCAGUCUCAUCUCUCACAGGUGAGAAUGUGCGUGAAUUCUUCUUCCGUGUGGCAGCGCUAACAUUUGAGGCCAAUGUGCUGGCUGAACUUGAAAAGACAGAUGCCCGGAGGAUAGGUGACAUUAUCCGAAUCAACAGCAAUGACAGCAACCUCUACCUGACGACCAGCAAGAAGAGGCCCAAGUGCUGCCAGUGAGCGUGCUGUCCCCAGAUCCUGGCACUGCCCAUGGAUGCCAUGCCUCUCCCUGGUGUUGGGCCCAUAGACAUUUGCACUGAACUGUUUUUUCCAGACCAAAGAGCUGUUCUCAUAAGGGUAGCAGGAACCAUGCCAGCCUGGAUGCCCUUCUUCCCCUAGGCACUGCACCAAAGAUUGGAUCUCUCUCUCCUUUAAGGUGUUCCAUGGGGACUUUGGGGAGAUGAUCAACAUGGCAGAGUAGAAAAGGGACUGGAGGGUUCCUAGAGCUUUGCUCUGCCAGCUGGGCAAAGGUGGGCACAGAUACCCACCUGCUGCUCCCUUGCCCCAUCAGGCUGUGCUUUACACAAUAAUCUCACUCAUAUGUGGUGUCUUGGGGAAGAGGGUGAAUCAUGGACUCACAAGACCAUGGAAUUUUGGGGGAUCUUUAGGAUCUAGGGGAUCUUAGAGACCAGUGCCAGCCCUUUAUUGAGGCUGGAUAGGAGGGAGCUGAGUGAAGUCACUGGGCAAACACUUAGUGCCUUGAAGGAGACAGCUGCUCUGUGGCUGCCCCCGAAGCUCAUGCCCUGACCUUGGCACUGAGAGUGUUCUAAGCAGGCAGUGUUCCAGGCGGUUUGGGAAGCACACACCGUGCUGAUUGUGGGGUGAUGGAGGGAGAGCAGCUGUGCAGGAUCUCAGGCCAGCAUCCCCUAGGGUGGAAUAGGCAGCCAUCCAGAAGGGAUAUUCUGAGGGGCCCCCAGCAUUAAUCCCUGUCCGAGAAUAUCUCCCCAGGCCCGAAACUCCACCAUUAGGGAGCUAUUACUUUGGCUAAACUCUGUGCUCUCCCUGCUUUGCAAAAAUUCUCCUCCAAGGAAUAACAGGUUAUCAAGUGUUUGUUUUGCUGGGGAUAGCUGGAGAUGGGCUCAUGGAUUUAGGUUUCAUCCAGCCCAGAUCUCUGACCCUAUCUCUCCCUACACUGAUAAGGGACCAUCCCUAGUCCCUGUUUCCAGGGUCACAGACAGAAUGUAAAAUGGCUUCAGGUCCAUCGCUUUCCAACCUUGAUAACUUUGCCAAGUGCCUUACCCACCACUAACCCCCAUCCUCGAGGCAGAGGUUGGCCGGACCCUGGGAGAACUUAGCUCCCUCCAUCACACUUUGUGUCCCUUGUCACACCUGAGUUCAGAAUCUCAGAGCUAGAAGGGACCCUAGAGAUCAAUCUACCCACACACCCCUGCCUUAUUUUAUAGAGGAAGAAAUGACUUACCCAAGAUCAUACUGAAUCAAUGGCAAAGGAGGGCUAGAAUCCAGCUCUCCUGACCCCCCUGCCCCCCGCCCCAGUCCAGGAGUCCCUCUUCCACAACACACAGCAUCUAAUCCCAGUCGUGUUCCCUUUGCCUUGAUGUCUUCAUUUGGCCCUGCCUCCGCCCCAUACAUUGUGUCCUUAGUUCUAUUCCCCCCUAUCGCCCACAUGUGGGAUAUGCAGUUGACACAGGUUAAAUGAGCCUUGGGGGCUCAGCAGGUACAAAGAGGCUCUCUCUUAUUCGAGUGGGGAAUUGGCCAGAACAUCUUGCUUUGAAGGUGGGAAGUUGGUGAAAUAUAGUUAAACAAAACAGAUGGACCCUUUGAUAAUGUCUGAUGGAGUAAGCACUGUUCCGCACCUGUAGUCCACCACCUCUCUGCCCAGAGGAAGGAGCUUCACAAGAAUCAAAGUCCACAUUGGCCAUUGAUUGCACUGCUGAUCUGA